GCCGCCGCUGUGGGAGAGGCAGCCUGUCAGUCUCCGAGCUAAAGGCUGUGCUGCGUGCGCUGCUCCCCGGCUUUUGUCUCACAGCAGCUCCACGCUCACGUCGUCAGUCGAAAUGAAACGAGUCUGGCUCCCAGCGCUGCUUUUCGCCCUCUUAGCCUUCGCUGCUGUGAAGGCAGAGGAUGAACUUGACGUAGAUGGCGUAGUAGAGGAGGACCUGGGUAAAAGCAGGGAUGGCUCCAGGACAGAUGAUGAGGUGGUGCAGAGAGAGGAGGAGGCUAUCCAGCUGGAUGGGCUGAAUGCAGCUCAGAUUAAGGAUAUAAGAGACAAGUCAGAAAAACACGUCUUCCAGGCGGAAGUCAACCGCAUGAUGAAGCUGAUUAUCAACUCCCUCUACAAGAACAAGGAGAUUUUCCUUAGGGAGCUGAUUUCAAAUGCCUCAGAUGCUUUAGAUAAGAUUCGCCUGAUGUCUCUCACCAAUGAAGAUGCAAUGGCCUCCAAUGAAGAGCUGACCAUCAAAAUAAAAUCUGAUAAAGAGAAGAACAUGCUACACAUAACUGACACUGGCGUUGGAAUGACCAAAGAAGAGCUGGUGAAGAACUUGGGCACCAUCGCCAAGUCCGGCACCAGCGAGUUCCUCAGCAAGAUGACAGAUUCGCAGUCUGAGGCAGAGUCCAGCUCAGAGCUGAUUGGACAGUUUGGUGUGGGUUUCUACUCGGCUUUCCUUGUUGCUGACAAGGUCAUUGUGACAACAAAGCACAACAACGGCACUCAGCACAUCUGGGAAUCUGACUCCAACGAGUUUUCCGUCGUCGAGGACCCCCGCGGGGACACGCUCGGCAGAGGAACCACCAUCACCCUCGUCCUGAAAGAGGAGGCCUCAGACUAUCUGGAGCUUGAGACCAUCAAGAACCUCAUCAGGAAAUACUCUCAGUUCAUCAACUUCCCCAUCUACCUUUGGGCCAGCAAGACUGAGACAGUUGAGGAGCCCAUCGAGGAAGAUGCUGAGGCAACAGAUGAACCAGAGAAAGAGACACCCGAAGAGGAGGCUGAGGUAGAAGAGGAGGAAGAGGACAAAGACAAACCAAAGACAAAGAAGGUUGAGAAGACCGUGUGGGACUGGGAGCUGAUGAAUGAUAUCAAACCCAUCUGGCAGAGACAAGCUAAGGAGGUUGAGGAGGAUGAAUACAAAGCUUUCUACAAGACCUUCUCUAAGGACACUGAAGACCCUCUGGCUCACAUCCACUUCACAGCUGAGGGUGAGGUCACCUUUAAGUCAAUCCUCUUUGUGCCAACUGCAGCUCCCCGCGGCCUGUUUGACGAGUACGGCUCCAAGAAGAACGACUACAUUAAGCUAUUUGUCAGAAGAGUUUUCAUCACAGACGAUUUCAACGACAUGAUGCCCAAGUACCUGAACUUCGUCAAGGGAGUGGUUGACUCUGAUGACCUCCCCCUGAAUGUGUCCAGAGAGACUCUGCAGCAGCACAAACUGCUCAAGGUGAUUCGUAAGAAACUGGUGCGUAAGACUUUGGACAUGAUCAAGAAGAUCGCAGAGGACACGUACAAUGAGAAGUUCUGGAAGGAGUUUGGAACCAACAUCAAGCUGGGUGUCAUUGAGGAUCACUCCAACAGGACCCGACUGGCCAAACUGCUGCGUUUCCAGACCUCCAACAGUGAGACAGUCCAGGCCAGCCUGGAGGAGUAUGUUGAGCGCAUGAAGGAGAAGCAGGACAAGAUCUACUUCAUGGCUGGAACCAGCAGGAAAGAGGCUGAGGCUUCUCCUUUCGUCGAGAGGCUGCUGAAAAAGGGGUACGAGGUUAUUUACCUGACUGAGCCUGUGGAUGAGUACUGCGUUCAGGCGCUGCCCGAGUUUGAUGGAAAACGUUUCCAGAACGUGGCAAAGGAGGGCAUCAAAUUCGACGAGAGCGAUAUGGCCAAGGAAAAGCGGGAGACCCUGGAGAAGAGCUUCGAGCCUCUUACUACCUGGCUGAAGGACAAGGCCCUGAAGGACAAGAUUGAGAAGGCCGUCCUCUCUCAGAGGCUGACCAACUCACCCUGCGCUCUGGUUGCCAGUCAGUACGGCUGGUCAGGAAACAUGGAGAGGAUCAUGAAGGCACAAGCGUACCAGACAGGAAAAGACAUUUCCACAAACUAUUACGCCAGCCAGAAGAAAACAUUAGAAAUCAACCCUAAACACCCUCUCAUCAAGCAGAUGCUCAACAGAGUCAAUGAUGACGCUGAGGACCAGACUGCAUCAGAUCUGGCCGUGGUUCUGUUUGAGACGGCCACGCUGCGCUCAGGCUACCAGCUGGUGGACACAAAGUCUUACGGAGACAGGAUAGAGCGCAUGCUUCGACUCAGCAUGAAUGUACCUCUGGAUGAACAGGUUGAAGAAGAACCAGAGGAGGAGCCAGAGGAGGAGCCAGAGGAGGAGCCAGAGGAGGAGCCAGCGGAGGACGACUCUGAAGAUAAAGAUGAAAUCGUAGACGACGAUGACGAUGAAGAAACGACAAAAUCUGACAAAGAUGAACUGUGAAGCACUGAAUGGAAGAGCGCUUUAACAAUGGAGCUGGACAGUUUCUCCAGUGCCAUUGUGGUCGUUAUCCUGGGAGGGGUCCUUGAGGUUUGGGUUUUUUAAGGGAGGGCGUUGUUUGUUUGUUUGUUUUUUUUAUUUUACAUUCCUCAUGACUGUAAAUUUGUUAAUAUUUAACUGACUUGUUUAUGGAAAGAUGCGAUCCUGUCUCUUGAUCGAAUAAAUAUCUCCUGGAAAAAGGAGCAACAGUUUUUUCUUUUUUGUGUGUGAAAUGCGCUGUAGGUGAACAACCUGAUUGGAAGUGCAGAUGACAUGUUUUAAGAAGUAAAGCCAGAGCAAGCAACGUUGCUGUCAAUCAAAAGCAACAUCAGAUGAUCACAAACCCUAGAGAUCAAAUCAUUGUUUUCAGAUUGCAAAAUCAAUAAAAUGCUGAGGGUAAUAGGCUGUAAAAUCUUACACAGGAAGGAAGCGGUUUCUUGGUUAUGGGUUUAUUCUGUGGAAAUGAUUGCUUUGAAAUAUUCUCUUAUAUUUAAAUCAUUGCAUAUCCUACACGUCUUUUUGCCAGGGGUUAUUGUAUAUAAAAACCAUUCAUAAACAAGCGAUUGAAAUUACAUCUAAAUCUGCUCCAGUACUUCUUCAAACUUCAAUUAUCAUUUGUCACAAUAAUCAACGCCAAGUUAGGAUAGACAUGUUUGCACCACGUCAGUCCACCACUACAUGCACCUGUGUUACCCUGACAACAGACACAUUCAGCCUUAAUGUUGGGUUCAGGUGGUUCAUUAUUUCUGAUGGUACCAUGGGCUGUCCAGCCGGGCAGCUGGACCACUGCUGUACGUCUAUCUGCAGCGGCUACGUAACUACACAAGAGCAGGAAGAGAAAAGCUAUAAUUGUGGAAGAAAAACAGGACAAAGUUUUAUUUUAUAUUUUACUGUGGUAUGUUUUCUUGUUGCACUUCAGCUUUACACCUUUGCAGAAUCAGAUAUAUUGUGUUAACAGAUCAUGUUAACUUGCCAUCACUUUAAAAAAUGAUAAAAGAAACUAUCAUCAAAACUAACCCUAUAUGCAUCUGGGAAUUGUUAGGGUCAUUGUUGUCACAGGUAAUCAUGAAUACAAUGUGUACUGCAUGGUUGUUGCAUCAACCACAUCAGCAGCAUCUAUGUGGCUUGGUAUCACCUCUGAAAUCUGAUAUAUUGUAUCGACUUAGUAUCUACUGUUCAGUGGGAGCUACUGCUGUUAAACUUAGAAUGUUUGCAAAGGUUUUUGCAACAAAGUAUGAUAUUUUUGUACUAUUUAAAAUGUCCAAAAUGUGUGAUACAGGCAUCUUAAAAUAUACCUAUAACUGUUUUUAAUUCAAGUCAUUCUAUGGUUGCAUAGUUCACGGAAUAAUAAAAAUUGCCACCAGCCAAA